AUGGCUCUUUUCUUGAUAAGAGAUCCACUCCAUCAAAACUACUCGAAAUUCUUCGACUCGUGUUUCAAUCUUCUUCCUCUUGAAACACCGGGUAUUCAUGUUCUUGUGGGGACAGCAUUUCCCGAUUUGACAACGACUCGUCAUGUUCUUCUGACCCUAUAUGCUCAACUAAGAGACAAUUCCACCAAGCAUGGUUUUCCUCCCGAAUUGGAAAUCGACGUGUUGCUUCGUCCGUCAGGCCAAAGUUACAAGUCCCAGUAUUGUGUGAAGGGCGAAUUUCCUGAUCCUCCAACGCACAUUGUGGCGAUUGAUGCUGAAACUGAACAAUGUGAUGUUCCGUUUGAUAACGAUCCUAAAGAUGCAAAUGGCAAGAAGGCCAUUACGGCCGUAGGCGGAACCUUUGACCACAUCCACGACGGGCAUAAGAUUUUGCUUCAAACAGCGGUUUUAUAUGCCCAAAAACAUGUGAUUGUGGGAGUCACAGGGCCAAAACUCCUCCAGAAGAAAAAAUACGCCGAAAUGCUACAGCUGUUGCCAGAACGAAUCGACAAUGUGUGCAAACUUCUUCAACUUCAUUUGCCUUCAGGUGUGCUGUUUUCUAUUUACGAGAUCAACGACGUAUGUGGGCCUACAGGUUUUGUUCGAGAUAUUGAUAUUUUAGUCACCAGCCAGGAGACAGCCAAAGGUGCAGAAUUCGUCAAUAAAUACAGAAAAGAACAAGGCUUUUCCAGCUUGGAGGUGGUGGAGGUCGGCGUCGUGGGAGGUAACGGCUCCGACAAUUGGAGUGGAAAGCUCAGCUCGACAGACUUCCGCGAGAGGGAGUGGCGCAAAUUACAUCUGUGA